AAAUUUAAUUAAUUUUUGUCUUCUCAAUUUAAUAAAAUAUCUAAAUCUAAUUCAAAUAUGUCUCUCGCCAGUUUACAAGGUCCUCAAUUUGAUAUUCCUAUUGGACAUCACAAUAUGAGUGUCUCAUCAAUAUCCGAUAUGGUUCCUAAUAAUCCAUAUGAAGUUAAUGGCGAUAAUGUGGUUUCCAUUGAAGAACUACGUCAACAUAUGGGUACUUGCUUUUCUUGUGGUGUUUCCUGGAAUGAUGAGCACGUCUCUCUUGACUGUUCCGAAUGUGGCGGUUAUGCAUUGACACGUUCAUGUCCAGUUUGUGAAGGACGUUGUAAUAUAAAGUGGCAGCGUGAUUUCACCAUGAGUCAUGCUCUUGGUAAAGCACGUUGGCAAGGAACUUGCACUAUUUAUCCAGAAAUACUACCACAUUUACUUGAAUCACCGGAAAUAACAAUGCACAGUAAAUUUGCCUUGGCACCCUUCUCAGCAGCUGGCAUUUCUUCUGCUCCUGCUACAACUGAAACGCUGAAUAGUAGCUCUGUUAGUGCCGAUAGCAUUACAUCAUCCUCCAAUAACUUAUCAGUUCAUGCAACAACUCAAACACAAUUACGUUUGGCUCAGGAGUUAUGUGCACGUCUUGAGAAACUUCAAGCUGGUACACAUUUGAUGUCCUAAAAAGUCAUUAUUAAAACUUUAAAGCGCGCAAGCAGAGUUCCUCUUCCAUCAAUUCCACAACCACAACCACCACCACCACCUCCACCAACACCUCCACCAACACCUCCACCAAAAUCCACAGCAACGCUAUGUAUACCACAACCCAUAAUCAUCGCAAACCCUAAAAAACAAAGUCUACAUACACAUCAAGAUUUAAGUACGAUUCACACGCACGGGACUGCAUGUUUGGGAGACUUCCAAUGUUUGGGAGCAACUCUUCAGGGAUGGAUAAAGCUUUAGGAUUUAGUGAAUUGUAUUCAUCUAUUCAUACACAUUUCUAAGGCAUUAUUUUGGCAUUAUUUCUUAGUACAUAAAUGUACCCAGAAAAGAAUGUAAUUAAUUUUAAUUAUUGAUUUAAUGGAUGCACUACAUAUAUAAAUAGUUAAUAUGUGUAAAAGAAUAAAAGAAGUUUACAAAUUUAAUUU